CUCGUCACUUAUGACGCUCAGGACAAUUUGCCAUAUAGACUGAGUUCAUGUGUUUCUCCCGCUGUUUCCACUGACCGACAAGGCUGCACAUUUGUGRUUAGGGACCUGGGCAGGCAAGAUUACGCAUCCUCCAGAGGUUAGAAAUGGAGGCUUUUAAUCAUAAACUAAACACGUACAUAGACUCAUGGAUGGGUCCCAGAGAUGAACGGGUACAGGGAUGGCUGCUGCUAGACAACUACCCUCCAACCUUUGCACUAACACUCAUGUACUUGCUGAUCGUAUGGCUGGGGCCCAAGUACAUGAGACACAGACAGCCGGUGUCUUGCCAGGGCCUCCUGGUGCUCUACAAUCUGGCCCUCACUCUAUUAUCUUUCUAUAUGUUCUAUGAGCUGGUGUCUGCUGUGUGGCAAGGGGGUUAUAACUUCUACUGCCAAGACACACGCAGUGCGGGAGAAACAGAUACCAAGGUCAUAAAUGUGCUGUGGUGGUACUACUUCUCCAAGGUCAUAGAGUUUAUGGACACCUUCUUCUUCAUCCUACGGAAGAACAACCAUCAGAUCACGUUUCUGCACAUCUACCACCACGCUAGCAUGCUCAACAUCUGGUGGUUCGUCAUGAACUGGGUGCCCUGUGGUCACUCCUACUUUGGUGCCUCUCUCAACAGCUUCAUCCAUAUCCUGAUGUACUCUUACUAUGGGCUCUCUGCUGUCCCGGCCAUACGGCCCUAUCUAUGGUGGAAGAGAUAUAUCACACAAGGCCAGCUGAUUCAAUUCUUUUUGACCAUGUCCCAGACCAUCUGUGCAGUCAUAUGGCCAUGUGGUUUCCCCAGAGGCUGGCUGUUUUUCCAAAUAUUCUAUUUAGUCUCGCUUAUUGUCUUUUUCUCAAACUUCUACAUUCAGACUUACAAGAAACACCGUGUUUCACAGAAGAAGGAGUAUCACCAGAAUGGCUCUGUUGAUUCACUGAAUGGCCAUGCGAAUGGGGUGACACCCACGGAAACCAUUACACACAGGAAAGUGCGGGUGGACUGAAGCUUGAAUAACCUCACAAUCCUAACUUUUGUGCAUAUCUACUAUGUAUGUAAUAUUGCUAGGAGAGAUGUAGGAUUUCUUAUAAAGAAAUGUAUUAGAAGAGCAUAGCUAGUUUAUUCACAAUAUACAAAAAGCCAUGUUUAUCUGAAAGAGAUUCCUAAUGUUUUGCACACCGCAGCCUGUUAUUAUUCAUAUUGAAUCUAAGUUCUUUACAGUUAAGUAACAAGGAUAGCAGAGGGAGCACACUACAGCACUGCCCCAGAGACUCACUUCCUUUUAAUGUUUUCAAGAUCUUUGACUAUGUCUGGUGGGACAUUGUUUUAUUAAGCAACCUUGACCCAUACAGAAAUAACAAUGUUUUUCCAUGUUUUAAUUCACAACAUAUGCACUUGUCUACAUGCUAGAUUGUGUCCUGAUUGGACAAAUGGGACAAAAUCUAUUUUGGGGAUUCCCUUGCGUAGAGACAAGGCUGUCACAGUGUCAAAUGUGUCCACUGAGUWACUUUAGAGAGGUUCACCUUCAUUGUUUGCAUUGUAAAGUUUAGUUUAAAACCAGUUGCAAUAAUAGAUUUGUCUAUUGUCUGUAUCAGUUAAACAGGUUUGAAAAGUAUUUGGCUGUCAAAUGGCACUGAACAGAACAAUACUUUGUGAACAAGAAAUUAGUUUCUAUCUAAUCUUUUCCCAGUUUGGAAUAUUUAUUUCCUACUUUAUUGCAACACAUACAACAAAWAGCUAAAAUCACACUGAUAGUAUCAUGGAUUGUGUUAAAUAGAUGUAUGUUGAAAUAGUUAAAUGUGUCUACUCAAUCCUCAGAAUUCAGCCCGAUAUGAUAUUACCAUAUUAAUGUAUGCAUGCAUGAUUGUAAGUCACUUUGUAUAAKAGCAUCUGCUAAAUGUCUAUUAUUAUUAUAUGACAUAUAUUCUCAUUAUCUCUCUGAACCCAAAGUCACCGUUUUACUGUCAUCUGUUUGCUUAGAAUUUCAACCUCAUCUCCAUGGAAUACAGAAAACAAUGAACACAAUUAUAAACUUAACUUAAACUAUGUAUCAUAUUAAUAUAGUGCUGUGUUUUAAACCCAUUCCUCCCUCUUACACUAGUGUUUGCCUCAUUAGAUUGAAUCAGGAUAAAUGUUACAUCAAGCCA